AUGUUCAAAAGACGAAUAAAUCUACAUUGUAUAAAGAACAUACGAUCAAUACGAUUAAUUCAUACCCUUCCCAAAUUACACAAUCAUGAAAUAUGGUCAAAAGAAGGUAUACCAGGUUUAUUAUCAUCAAAAGGUUAUAAUACAUCAUGGACAGAUUAUCAAAAUUAUUUAUUAACAAAAUUAACAUUAUUAACUAAUGGAACAUUAAAUGAAACUAAAACACCUUAUGAAAUAUUAUUAAAUACUGCCAAACAAACAACUCAACAACAUACAUUCCAUUAUGCAUCAAUGUCUCAUAUGAAUCAUUUUUUUUUCCAACAAUUAACAACUUUAGAAGAAUCAAAAUUAACUAAACCUUCAAGAUUUUUAAUGGAAAAAUUAAUGCAUCAAGAUAUCUUGGAUAUUAAUAGUUUAAGAAACAAGAUUCUUCAUAUGGCUGAAAAUUCUUAUGGACAAGGUUGGAUUUAUUUAGUUGAAGAUAAAAAUAAAAAUUUAAAUUUUUUACAAUGUUAUAAUGAUGGUACACCUUUUUAUUUUGGUAAAAGACAACAAUUAGAUUUAAAUGGAGGAAUAGAUGAAAUAACAUAUAAGAAUUUAAAUAAAUUAGAGAAAAGAAAUAGUUCUGAAUCAGAAGAUGAUGAAAAAUAUUUACCAAUCUUGGCUAUAAAUUAUUGGGAUUUUAUGUAUAUUGAAGAUUAUGGAGUCACUGGGAAAUCUCAAUAUUUAAAUAAUUUAUGGGAUCAUUUAAAUUGGGAUGUUAUAAAUAAAAGAUUAUUUCAAAUUUAG